GCUACUUCAUUGUUAGUACACACGUGUUGCAGAUUCCAUCAAACUUGUAUCAGCCUAGCUUCCUCCAAGCAAAGCCAUGGCCUUCAUACAGGCUAUUCAUAUGAAUCCAGGACAAGGCGAAACAAGCUAUGCAUGCAACUCCAGUUUUCAGAAUGCUGGGCAGAAGAGGAUGAAGCCUCUAAUAGAGGCGGCCAUCACUGACUUAUGCAGCAACACCAACACCUUGUUGCAUGGAAAGAUGAUGAUCAUGGACGCGGGCUGCUCCUCUGGCCCAAAUGCGCUAGCACUCAUAUCACCUGCCAUCGACGCCAUCCACAACCACUGCCUUCAGAUAAACCAGCCACCGCCAGAAGUGUGUGUGCUACUAAACGACUUGCCUGACAACGACUUCAACACGGUGGUGAAGAGCUUGGUCACGCUCCGUCAAAGCAAGAAGACUAUUGUUGUGACUGGUGUCGCGCCGGGGUCGUUUUACGAGCGACUGUUCACUAGUGACUCCUUGCAUCUUGUCUGCUCGUCCAACAGCUUGCAUUGGCUCUCAAAGGCUCCUGAAGAUCUAACAAGGAACCACAUCCCAGCAUUCGACAUUGAUGAACAUGCUAGGCGUGAAAGGCUCCCUAUGGUCCGCGAGGCCUAUGCACAACAAUUCAGGAAAGAUUUCUCACUUUUCUUGGAGCUGAGAGCCAAGGAAUUGGUCUCAGGAGGCCGAAUGGUUAUUUCCCUGGUAGGGACGCGUUCUAACGCAAUUGCCUCCAAAUUCAUUCUUUUCCCGGGAAUUGUAGCUCAGAUCCUAAGUGUCCUGGUCGCAGAGGGUGUGAUCGACAAAGCAAAGUUUGAUUCUUUCUAUGUGCCGUUGUAUGGACCUUCCAGCGAAGAGCUGAGGGAGAUCAUCGAGGCAGAAGGCUCUUUUUCGAUCAGGGAGAUGCGCGUGCACGACCCUAGAAUAGACAUGACCACCACCCUGAGCACCCCAGCCAGGUUUGUGAACAAUCUAAGAGCCUUAUUUGAGCCGAUAAUAGUCCAGCAUUUCGGAAAGGUUAUGGAUGAAUUUGCGAUGGCCGCGGAGCUGUAUUGGAGCCUAGAUGCGAGCUUGCAAGAGGAGCGUGCCAGAACAUCUCGAACUAUGCUGGCUGUAUCCCUCGCAAAGGCAUGAUGAUGGGGCAUAAGUGCCUGAACAUACAUUUGGUGAGAUCGUACUAUUGCUUACUUUGAGGCAACACCAUGUGCCCACUUAGUUGUGUGAACUAUAUAUCAUUGUGUGAUGUAUGGCCUGCAAAAAUCCGCCUGGCAUUUGUGUUACAUAUUUGUUUUGGUGCAGCCGGAAGAUCAAACUAAUUAUGUCUCUAAUGACCCUAGGUAAAAGUAGUUUU